ACAGUCCCCCCUGUGCUGCCAGAAAUACUAGCUAUUAACUUUUUGUUUUAUUCAUUUUCCCUACGAUUACACAAUUAGUGACAGUAUCAUUAUCAUAAAUUCAUGAGUCUUAUACCUGUGUUGGUUAGGUGAGCUGUUGUGUGGAUGUAGAUAAGCGAACUAUUCCAGAUGCCGAACAGCGGUGAGGAGUGGCAGGUGGCCCGGCGACGGAAGGGAGCAGGCCGCAGAGGGAAGAUUCCUCACACGGCCUGUCAUGAACCUGGACACGCCGACGCUGUGGACAUAGACAGGACCAAACAAAGGAUCACAGAAACCAUGGCUGAACUGAGGUGUGCAGACUUCUGGUUUGAGUGGAGAGAUCGACUGACGGCUGUGGCUAAGGCAGACUCCCCAGAGGUUGGAGGGGACCCAGCAGCAGGCUCUGACCCAAGACCUGAGGGUGGGGACCGGGCCCGGGAGGCCCCUAGCGGCCCACUUGAGUGUGUGUGUUAUGGUCUGGGCUCCUUCUCUUGCUGUGUGACAGCUCGUUACCAACUAGCUAUGCUGCUAUUGAUUCUGGAGUCACUACAGAUCCCUAUGGAGUGGUGCAGUGUGUACGACCCUGUGUUUUCCUCAGGGGAGAUGGAGGUACUGAGACAGCUUGGCCUCAACGUGCUGACUGAGAACGAGGAGGGGAAGCGAGCAGUGUCGAGGCCAACGCUUUUCUACCUGAUGCAUUGUGGGAAGGCUCUGUACAACAACCUGCUGUGGAAGAACUGGAGUAGAGAUGCACUGCCUCUACUGACUAUCAUAGGAAACAGCUUUGCAGGCAUACAGGACAGGAUGAUUCAGAGAGAACUCCAGAGAGACUACAGCUACAUAGCACAUGCUGUGUGUGUGUGUGAGGAGUGGCCCCUUCCAUGCCCGUCUCGACUCCUGGACAUCUUCAAUGACACUGCCCUCAUCACCUUCAAGCCCAGCAGCCUCUGCAAACUCCCACAAUCCGCCUGGAGGGAAGCACCAGAGCCCCAAUACCAACACUGCCCCGAUCUGGAGAUCAUACAGAGGCCCACAGAGAUGAGAGGGGUGGAGGAUGAAGGAAUCACUGUGGUCUCUGUGGUUCCCAGUGAAAUGAGAGGAUAACAAGGAGUUUUGUUUUGCCCUUGUAAUCCUUUGGUGGGACAUUUUCUUUUUGGGGUAAAUUUAUUUUCAGGGUGGAAAAACGCAUUAAGCUUAAACUUAAACUAGAUAUAAAGUAUGUAGAAAAGUCAAUGAACAUCUAUAUUUUUUAAAUAAUAUACUCUUUGAGAACUAACAAUCACCAAAAUAAAAGCUAGACAGGGAGAAUUGAAAAUUCCAAAAACAAUGAAUUUAGCAGUAUUCCUUUUGUUAUUAUGUUUGAACAAAAGAACACAGCAUUAUCCAUGGUGAAAUGCAUAGAAUUGCAGGAAACUAGCUUUAAAACUGCAACAUUUUCUCUCAGCUCCAUGGCAAAAUAUAUAGAAUCGCAGGAAAUUAGCUUUAAAACGGCCAAAAACCACGCCCACCCCUAAGCCCCUUUUUGAUCCAGGAAAAACCCUGGAUAGGAUGGUGGAUACUGGAUGUAAGCCAAGUCGGAUUCACUUCCACAGUCGGAAAAUCUGGCAGAGGUGUGAGUGCUGUGGACCUGUGUGUGUUUGUUGAUAUGUGGAAUGUAUGUAUGUUGUAAAAUUUGGAAGAAGAAUACAUUUAAUAAAAAAAAAUUAAAAAAUUUACCAG